AUGCUUCCUGGCCCCACGCUGAAGGUCAACCCUGGCGGCAGAAUUAUCUUGAGAUUAGUGAACAAACUUGGAAAGGAAGGACUGGCCAACACAACAGGUCCGAUGAAUAUGUUCCACGGUCCAAACAUCACGAACGUGCACUUCCACGGCAUGCACAGCGAUCCCAAAAAAGACAACCCGUUUAUAGUCGCACUUCCAGGUGAGACACUGGUGUACACGAUCAAUGUCCGGCGCGAUCACGAGCCGGGCCUCCACUGGUAUCACGCACACGCCCACGGUAGCGUCUAUCAGCAAGUCAUGGGUGGGCUAUUCGGGGCAAUCGAUAUGGGGGAGGGCGACUUUAUGACGACCCCAUUGCACCCCUUUCACGGCUGGGACUCGCAGAUCCUCAUUGUGCAUCUGUAUCGCCUGAAGAACUCGCAAAGGUGCGACGGGACACCGAUGUCGAGUCUUGACGUCGCGAUGGGCACACUCCUCCCGUCUAAUCCGCGUAUUGUGGACCGAAAGAACAACGAGUACGAGAUGCCGGCGGAUCUGCUUCUCGUUAACGGCCAGCAUCGCCCAACCGUGACGGUCAAGCGUGGCUAUCCAAUGCUGCUGCGCAUCGUGUUUGCGGCUGGGUCGUGCUAUAUAAACAUGUCGCUUCCUAAGCAGUGCACCUUUUACAUGACAGCCGUCGAUGGAACGCAACUGCGUCGGACAGUCGAAGUGAAGGAGGGCUGGCUGUACUUCACGACGGCGACGCGACGCAGUCUGGCCGUGGUGUGCGAGGAGAAGGGCAUCUAUCCGGUGCACCACAUCGGCGACCAGUCAGACAUCAUCUUCUACCUAAAGUCAGAAGGUAUGAAACCGAAGGGUAAUCGUGCGGCCGUCUUCCCCGUAACCAUGCCCAAGUACUCCCCGGACUACUUGCACCUCGAAAGUCGUAACACAUUCUACCGCGAGAUUUCUUUCUCGCAGCGGGACAUGCCCAUCACGAAGCCAUACUACAUCCUGGGUCAGGGACAGAACUGUAAGUCGCUGCAGAACUCAUCGUCGUGCCACUAUGAAGGCUUCCAAGGCGAGAUUGGCAGACGCAUCGAGGGUUAUCACGGCUUCACAGUGCCGCUGAACACAGUCGUGACGGCGCGCGUGUACGGUGACCCGACUGAUAAUCGGCCGCAUCCUCUUCACCUUCACGUCAACCACUUCCAGUUUCUCUCCUUCGAACCCCGCCCUGGGGGCAAUCACGAGAACGAGACCAUGGCCAUGUACGGCGUACACACCGGCGAGCUCCGUGACACGAUUCCGAUCUUGGACGGUGUCACCACCAUCCGCUGGAAGGCAGCAACGUACGAAGGUGAGGUGGUAUACCACUGUCAUGUCCUCUCCCAUGAGGACCGCGGUAUGAUGCUGUCAUAUCUGGUCUACUCCCCACUGGGAGACUACGGCAAGGCCAUGCGGCGAUACCAGUCGUCGAAGACCGGUGCUUUUUUCUCCACCUGGCUGCACCGCUCGCACGUGUACAUCCUUCUCGGUGUCUUCCUCCUCGCCUCCGCGGCGGCUGUGGCGUGGCGGUACUUGCAACACCAAGGCAUCCACUGUGCUGCAGACACUCAAACCGCCUUCAAUGCACAACUAGAGACCGGAACGCCGGCUGAACGCAUCCCUCUUCUCCAGACCCAUGCGUGA